AUGAGCAAUAGCCCGUAUUACGCUAACUACCCCUCUCAGCCACAAGAGCUCGACCUAUGGGAACAGGACUCACAAUAUGUCCCAACUCUGGGAUAUACCCACAGCCCUUAUGCUACGCGAUCCGACUGCAGCCGCUCGCUAUCUACUCCCCUCGAUGAUGAGCCUAGUCCCGCAAGCGGACUUCGACCGGAUUUCCUACCGCUACUCCAGGAGCCUGAGCGGGAGAAGGACAAGAUCUACGAUGAGGAUCACCCCAGCUGUAUUCACUAUUUCAUAGAAUGGCGGGUCACCGUCAAUAAGAAGGUCAUAGUGAAGGACACGGAAGAAGACCUGGUCUUGGCCCCAAGUGCCUACUGGGAGUUGAUCUUGGAGAAGAAGCUACAGACGGUGCUUCGAGAGAAAGUCUCCCGCAACAAGAGGAAAGGUAGUGUCCAAGAGACACACAGAGACAUUCCUGAUGAAAUCCAAGAAGAGCUAUAUAUGGAAGAGCAGCAGAGGCUGGAGAAAGAAAAGCGCAAAAGCGGAACCGUUGUUGAGACAGGAACACCAUACGCACCUAUCAACAUCAAUGUUCUCCCAUCCCACCUCUCUGGAUCGGAAGUAAUAGCUCCCAAGACGGCAGCGAAUACGGCCGAGCGGAAGGACAUGGGCCCAUUGAAGAUUCCUGGUCUCAAAGACGCAGCCGUUAAGGAAUACGCCGUCACUCUAACUGACGGCUUUGACCUUGAGCACAUCUACAAGGAUCAAGAUACAGAACUUUUUGUUGGCAAAAGGAUUAAGCCCGGAAUUGCCAGAAGUUUUGUAGAGAACAUUGGUGACUGGGUUGACAACGUGAAGAAUGCAGGUGUCCAUUCUUGA